GAAAAGUUUCAUCGUUCGAACACGUUUAUUGCUGUCAAACUGAAAAAUCCAAAAUCUGCACACUGCUCCAUAGAAAAAUCUUAAGGAACAAGACAGGGAUCAGUCAUUAUCAUACAGUAUUUCUUUUUUUUGAAAAAGCUAGUCAAAAGAUUUGCUGAAUAGCAAGCAGCCCUAUUUUUAGUUCUACAGCAGUUUCCUGAGAAAAACAUUUCCAGGUAUUUGUCAUUACGCUCUUGUAAAAUGCAUCAUGUGAUUUUUCUGCCCCGUUUUCUUUGCCUAAAGCUCUUUGAAUAAUGACUUUGCUCUCACUCAUUUACCGCCAUCAAAAAGCAUGAAAAACCUCCAUGCUGCAAACAAGUCGUCGUAUCCCAAAGCAGAGCCGUCGUCUUCUCCACAUCCACCUUUAUCUUCAGUGCUUUUAUGACUUUACCGGCGUGCUCGUUCAGGCCUUUGCAAUUGCCUCAGCUUUAAGGAUCUUGGCCACGUGUUUCCUGACACGCUGAAUUAUUCUGAAUCAUUUCACUUAAGGGCCCAGAUGCUACCUGUCUGUUGUCUUCCAGUGAGAGUGCAAUUAAAAGCACCUGGUGCCUACUAAAUGUCCUCUGCUUCUGCAUGAGUGCAUGCAUCUCCUUAUCUCGAAGUCUGUCAUGAUGUCGUGCGCUUGUAGUUGCCCUCCAUGCACACAUGCAUCAGCACCUUCAAUGUGGCCGCCUUUUUUUUUUUUUCUUCGUUUUUUUGUUUUUCUGCGUCACUUAUCUCAGUCUGGUUGCCAAGCUAGGGCGCCGUCAGUUUGGCAGAAGCUCCGUUCAGCUGCAUGGGAAAAGACUCUGCAGCCAAAAAUGGAGAACAUGAUUUGCAAAAGAUUUGGUUCUGCGGCUGUUUGGCGUGGAUGCAGCACUGAUUUUGGUGUUUGCUUCUUUCUCUCAGCUGUAUCCUUUUCCUGAACUGGAGACACACCCAUGGAUGUAAACGAUUGUAUCGCUCUGAGCGUCUACACCUUCAGCUUUCUUCUGGGACUUCCUGCCAACCUGUUGGUGCUUUUUGUCUACGCACGUAAAGCCCACAAGCAUGGUGCCACACCAAAUGUGGUCUACGCUCUCAACCUGUGCAUCGCCAAUCUGGCGCUGGUGAGCUGGCUGCCCGUAAAGGCCUUGGCGACUUUCCUUCAAGACUGGAGGCUGCCGGCACCCAUCUGUCCCAUUUUCAGCUUGUUCCUCUUCUCUUCACUCUAUGGCAGCUGCCUGUUCAUCACCGCCAUGACGGUGGGGCGUUACCUCAGCAUUGCAUUCCCAAUUGUCUACAAACAAUACCGCCGUGCUCGUAAUUCAUGCUACAUCAGCGCUGUGUUGUGGGUCUUGGUGCUCCUACACCUUAGCGUGGCCUUAGUGGCUGAGGGAGGUGCUUACUUCAUCUCCGUCACAAAUGACACAGCAUCCUGCUACAUGGACUUCAACGACUCUCAGUUAGCCGUGCUGCUGCCCCUGCGCUUGGAAAUGGCCAUCGUCCUGUUUUUUGCGCCCCUAAUUCUAACAUCAUUUUGCACACUGCGCUGCGUUAUCCUCGUUUUGCGCUCCAACCUGUCUGCGUUGGGGAAGCGGAGGGUCCUGACCGUGGCGGUUUCCACACUGGUUGUGUUUGUGAUGUGCUACGCACCUUACAACAUCUCACACAUUGUGGGCUUUGUGUUGAAGACAACUGUUAGGUGGAGGAGAGAAGCUAUGCUCACGUGCUCCUUUAAUAUUUUUCUCGAGCCUGUGAUCAUGCUGAUGCAGUCGCCAGCAGCUUCAAAGGGCAUCAUGGUUAGAUUCUGCGGAUGGCAAAGCCACUUCAGCCGGACCGACGGGUUUUGGUAUCAAUGCAAGAUGCCCAAUACUGCAGAGAAUGCGCCCGCAGCACCAACACUAUCAGAGAAAAGCCAGGCAGGGGUGCAGAUAACGAAAGUAAGUCAGGAGUGACUGAGGCACAAACAACACAGACAAAUAAAUGAUUCACA